GGGACAUUGCCAUUUUCCGAGUUUGUUGACUCACGAGAUGUUCCUGACCAUAUGCCAAGAACUGCGGGAACUCUUCACCGAGGACGAGGUCGAGUCAUGCUUUGGCGACGACUCUGACGAUGAGGCAAAUGAGGCUCACUUUGAACAUCGGCGGCUGAGAGAUCGACAGAACUCUUUGGAGUAUGAUCCAGAUAACGAUGACUUCCAGAUGAUUGUAAUGCCUUGCUCGUCCAAAUGGAUUGAGUAUGAAGAGAAGCGGCUGAUCCAGAAGCAGAUCCAUCAGCUUUUCCAUCGGAUUCAGGGAGGAGGGAUCCCUGAGAUCUUUGAUCACUACCACAAGGUGAGGGAAGAUUUGGUCCUUCAACUCGCGCAGCUACAUGGAUCCGCCCACGAUUCCGCAAACGAAAACCACGACGGGUACAAUAAGGAUGAGGUCAUGUCCUCACGGUCAACCUGUGACACGGAUCUGACGAAUGCUACAAGUUUGGAGGCGCCGUCUGCCAAAAUGCCACCAUCGAUGAUCAUGGGACCGCAAUCUCGACGGAUCAGCCGAGGCCAACUUCUGGGUUGCUAAUGUGGCCAUGGCAAACCCUGGCGAUCACAUUUUCUUCAGCAUGACUUUUGUUUUGACUCCCAGGUUCCGCGUUUGACAGCAUCAGCAAUGUUGGCUGGCUGCCUCUUGAAGGACCUGAUGUGAUGACAAGUAUGUAGCAUCAACCGGGUGUUGAGCUUGCAAAAUGCGGUGAAACAUUAUAGGAGUCCGAGUCCAAAUUGGUUGGCUCGAAUUUUGGGCCUUAGGUGCAGGGGAUCGGCAGCAACCAUGAAAUGGUUUUCGUCUGUCAAUCUCUCGCGUCUUUUCAUUCAUUUCUUAUAUUUUCCCCAUUAGACUUGCGAGGUCUUUUAGGUGGCUCCGUGGCCGUAUAGCAGCCAAAGCUGUUCUGCCAUUAGAGCCAGAGCAUGCAUUUUUGGAGUGGGAAAGGGCCGGGAACAAGGCAGGACUCGAGGUGC